AUGGCGUCAGUUUUUGUCUCUUGGUACUGGACGUCGUCUUCCUCUUCGAAAAACCAUAUUCGGACAUUUAUGCCAGUUGUAGUGUGCUGGUUUCUUUGGUCUGCAAGGAACAAGGAACGUUUUCAGGGCGUGCGAUGGGGGGUAGAAAAGGUAAUCCGUGAGGUGGAUUGUUUUUUGGAACAGCUUGGGAGGGCAAAUAAGCUUCGUCGGUCACAUUUCACGGGAGAUGCUGAUUGUGAUUUGCUGCGUUUGAUCACAGCCCCUCCGCGGAGGAGGACCCCUUGUGCGGUUGCAUGGGAGAAACCGCCUUUUGGUUUAAUUAAAUUCAACUCGGACGCCAGCGUGAAUCAUGGUAGGGCCACGGGUGGGGGACUGUUGCGAGAUUAUCAGGGGAAACUCAUUUUUGCUUAUUACAAAGAAUUCGGAGAACAGGAUGUGUUGGAGGCUGAAAGUAUGGCAUUACUAUUUGGUAUGCAGUUGUGUUUACAAAGGGGGUUUCGUCCAUCGUUGGUAGAGGUGGAUUCCAAGGCCUUGGUGCAGUUGGUUGUCUCUGGGGUAAUUGCUAAGUGGCCAUUAUGUAAUAUUUUGAGGAAAGUUAGAGGUCUUCUGGAGGGCUUUUCGGCCUCCAUCUCACAUAUUUUCCGUGAGGCGAACUCACCUGCAAAUAGGUUAGCAGAUAUUGGGGCAGUAGGUGUACGGGUAUACGAUCAUUUUCAUCAAUUGCCGGCAAUCGUUCAGGCUUCUAUUGUGCUAGACUCACGUGGGGUGCCAGGUGUUCGAUGGCUAAGUGAGGAGGGAUAG